CUUUUGGUAUCGCCUAAAACCGUAGCGUUGUGCAUCUCCUUACUCAUUUUCUUUCAAAGUUCGUGUUCAUAGUUCAAGAUGUAAGUCGUGCCUAUGUUUGGUCAUAUUGUCAAGCUGAGUACGCCGGGAAGUGUCAUUUACUAGAUUUAAAUAAAUAACGGGUAAAGAGUAAUUGAAGAAAUAUGUCACAAAUAUCUGCAACCGAAGCUCCGCAUCUGCAGCAGAUCGAUUUAACGAAGUUGAACUUGCAACAGCUGACUCAAUUGAAACAGCAAUUGGAUCAAGAACUUAGUGUCUUCCACGAUUCUCUGCAGACCUUAAAAAUUGCACAAAAUAAGUUCCAAGAGUCGGGUUCCUGCCUUGACAAGAUCACCCCUGAAGCUAAGGGCAAAGAAAUAUUAGUACCCUUGACAGGUUCGAUGUAUGUCGCUGGAAAACUUGCUGAUACGGAGAAAGUACUAGUUGAUGUUGGAACCGGUUAUUAUGCACAAAAGGAUAUUGAUGAUGCAAAAGAUUAUUUCAAGCGAAGAGUUGCCUAUGUUACCGAGCAGAUGGAGAAAAUUCAGCAGCUUGGUCUCGAAAAGAGCAAGAUCCGUGAAGCGACCAUGGAUGUCAUGGAGAUGAAAAUCCAGGGUCAAAUGGCAUCACAGAAAGAACUUGCGGAGCGGGCUUAAAUGAAUGAAUAGAGCGUCAAAUUCUUGUCACAUGUCUAUUUUUUAUGUAAAGCACGCUAAGAAAUACGGUUGUAUCCAGCCCUUUGUCCUACGAUUAUUCCGGAUAUGUACGUUUCAAUAAAAGCACAUUUCACUCGAGCCUUA